UUUUCUUACCACCCAAUCAAAACGCUCUCUUUCUUCACAUUCUUCAUCUUCACCCUCUUUCUCAAGUUUCAACCUUUUGUUUCUCUCACAAAAACAAAAAUUGUUUUCUUUGCCUUGGGAUCCGUGAGAAACAGAGGAUAAGCUAUCAUGGGUUCGAUCUCUCUGUCCAAUUCUCUGCCCAUACCGCGACUUCCAUUACAUACUUCAUCACUCAAUCCAUGCCUUGUUCCCACUUCUUCUUCGCUUCCUCCUCCUCUCUCUAAUUCUCGUCGUCGCUCCGCUUUUUCACCGUUAGUCACCGCCUCUGCAGUCUUCGCUGCUCCUUCAGGCGUUAAUAACUCUGUUCCUGGUAAAAACGGGAGUUACACGGUUGGUGACUUUAUGACAGGGAAACAGCAUCUUCAUGUUGUUAAGCCCACAACAUCCGUUGAUGAUGCAUUGGAACUUCUGGUUGAGAAGAAAGUCACGGGCUUGCCUGUGAUUGAUGAUGACUGGAAUCUGGUUGGGGUUGUUUCUGAUUACGACUUGCUUGCACUUGACUCCAUUUCUGGGCGCAGCAGCCAAAAUGAUACAAACAUGUUCCCUAACGUCGACAGUUCAUGGAAAACGUUUAACGAACUCCAGAAGCUGAUAAGCAAGACACAUGGAAAAGUAGUUGGAGAUUUGAUGACGCCUUCUCCUCUGGUUGUCCGUGGUUCCACCAAUUUAGAAGAUGCUGCCAGGUUGCUACUGGAAACGAAGUUCCGAAGAUUACCAGUCGUGAAUUCAGAUGGAAAACUGAUUGGGAUCCUGACAAGGGGGAACGUUGUAAGGGCUGCACUGCAGAUCAAGCGGGAAACCGAGAACUCAACCUAGCCAGCAGCAGUUGUAGAGCAGAGCCCUUCAUUCUCUGCCAUAUAGUUAAAUAGCAAAUCUGUUGAUUCCAUUUGAUAUAAAGUAUAUAUAAAAAAUGUGUAACUAUGCCCUCUCA